GUGGUUGGUGCUACUCCUGAUGACCGCCCGCGGCUGGAGGGUGUGUGAUGGCGGAGGCACCGGUAGCAAGAAGGGCAGCAGCAGCUUCAAGGGCGGCGGCAGCGAGCUUCAUAUCGGCGGCAUCUUCCCAAUCGCCGGAGAGGGCGGCUGGCAAGGUGGACAAGCUUGCAUGCCGGCAGCCCAUCUGGCCCUUGAAGAUGUCAACGCUAGGGCGGACCUGCUGCCUGGUUAUAGGCUGACAUUGCAUAGUAAUGAUAGUGAGUGUGAACCCGGAUUAGGUGCUAGUGUGAUGUACAAUUUGUUAUACAACGAGCCUACAAAGCUGAUGUUACUAGCUGGUUGUAGUACGGUAUGUACUACUGUUGCCGAAGCUGCCAAAAUGUGGAAUCUGGUUGUGCUAUGUUACGGAGCCAGUAGUCCGGCCCUGUCCGAUCGCCAACGUUUCCCCACCUUGUUUCGCACUCACCCGUCCGCCACUGUUCACAAUCCGACCAGAAUCAAGCUAAUGAAGAAGUUUGGAUGGUCCAGGGUAGCGAUACUUCAACAAGCGGAGGAGGUGUUUAUCUCCACCGUGGAGGAUUUGGAGCAAAGAUGCAAUGAGGCUGGAAUUGAGAUAGUAACGAGACAGUCGUUCCUGUCCGAUCCCACAGACGCAGUGAGGAACUUGAGGAGGCAGGACUCUAGGGUGAUAGUAGGACUUUUUUACGUAGUAGCUGCUAGAAGGGUGUUGUGCGAACUCUACAAGCAAAACUUGUACGGAAAGCAAUACACUUGGUUUUUUAUAGGCUGGUAUGAAGACAAUUGGUUCGAAGUGGUGAUAGAAAAAGAAAAUAUUGAAUGUACAGUAGAUCAAAUGCGUAUGGCAGCCGAAGGUCACAUAACGACAGAAGCACUGAUGUGGAAUCAGAACAAAAGGGAGCGUACCAUAUCCGGUAUGACGUCAGAAGACUUCCGGUUACGAUUGAACGACGUGCUCAGACAGGAGGGGUAUGACAUUGAUAACCAGAGGUAUCCAGAGGGGUACCAGGAAGCACCUUUGGCAUAUGACGCAGUGUGGAGCGUUGCUUUAGCAUUCAACAAGACAAUGGAUAGGCUGCACAAAUAUGGCAAGAGCCUAAAAGACUUCAAUUAUAAUAAUAAGGAAAUUGCUGAUGAUAUAUACUCGGCAAUCAAUUCUACCCAGUUCUUAGGAGUAUCGGGCAUAGUGGCGUUCAGUUCUCAGGGCGACCGUAUCGCCCUCACCCAGAUAGAGCAGGUGAUAAACGGCACUUACGUCGUGCUGGGCUAUUACGACACGCAGGCUGACAACCUCACGUGGUUCGACAGGGAGGUCUGGAGAGGUGGAAAAGUGCCACAAGAUCGAACCAUCAUAAGGAGAGUGUUAAGGACAGUGUCGCUACCUCUUUUCAUCUGUAUGUGUAUUAUAUCUAGUUUAGGAAUUGUGGUUGCAACUGGUCUGAUUAUUUUCAAUGUUUGGAAUAAGCACAGACGGGUGAUACAAUCAUCGCAUCCAGUAUGUAACACGAUCAUGCUGUUCGGCAUCAUAGUGUGUCUGUGCGCGGUAUACCUCCUGGGUCUGGAUGGUAGGUUCGUUACCCCAGCGGAGUAUCCCAGGAUCUGUCAAGCAAGGGCCUGGUUGCUCACCACAGGUUUCACAUUGUCCUUUGGUGCCAUGUUCAGCAAAGUAUGGAGAGUACACAGGCUGACUACCAAAGCCAAGAGUGAUCCCAAAGUCAGGACGAAAAAGGUCCAACCUUGGAAGCUGUAUUCGAUGGUGAGCGGUCUACUGGCUGUGGAUCUGGUGAUCAUGGUAGCUUGGCAGAUCCAAGACCCUCUGCAACGCCGGAUCGAACUGUUUCCUCUAGAAGCUUCUGCAGAUCAACAAGAUGACGCAAUGAUCCGGCCUGAGUUGGAGCAUUGUCAGAGUCACAACAACAACGUGUGGUUGAGUGUAGUCUACGCAUAUAAGGGACUUGUACUAAUAUUUGGAUUGUUCCUGGCGUACGAAACUCGAUCGCUGAAAGUGAAACAAAUCAACGAUUCCCGCUACGUGGCAAUGAGCAUAUACAACGUAGUUAUCCUGUGUUUAAUUACUGCUCCUGUUACCAUGGUGAUAGCUAGUCAACAAGAUGCCGGUUUUGCAUUCGUAGCGCUGGCUAUCGUCUUCUGUUGUUUUCUUAGUAUGGCUCUCAUAUUCGUGCCUAAGGUAAUUGAGGUGAUAAGGCAUCCAAGAGAUAAGGCCGAAAGCAAAUAUAACCCCGAUAUGGGAGUGCCAAAGGAAGAUGAAGAAAAGUAUCAAAAAUUGCUGAAAGAGAAUGAAGAUUUACAACGACUUAUCGCACAGAAAGAAGAGAAGAUCAAACUGUUGAAAGACCGGUUACUAGAAAAAGAAGGAGCAUCGGGCGGCGGUUUGACAGUAGGCGUGGCAAACAAAAGCGGCGGUCUCACUCCCACCUCAGCUCUGACUCAAGAUACAAAAGACGAAAGAAUAUAGUCCAAGGGCUCGGGUCUAACGUCCCAGAAUGUUCCAGUGGUCAGUACUGCUUUCUACAAGGCAGGAUUGCAGGUUAAAACGGUGAAUUUUUCAUUGUAACGAACGCGGGGUGUAGUGUGAGGAGUAUGUCCAUUUUGAACUGCUACCAAAAAAGGGGUGUAUGAGUAAAAAGUCACAAAUUUGCAGUGAAAUUAAUGGUGGCAACAUAUCCGGUACCGCGACUCCAAUAAACGUCAAAAUGCUAUUGUUCCAUAUUUUAUCAUUGAUUUACGUAUUCUAGCUAAAAUAGCCAAUCAUAUAGUGUAUUCCGGCGUCCUGCUCUACAGUAUUCGGUUUGUUGGCAUAAACCCUAUUUUUAAAAAAUCCCCAAGUCAGGUGUCGUUAAAUCCGGUGACCUUGGUGGCCAAUUCGAGAAGUUAAACGUCCCGGAAAUAUUGUUUGGAAAAUAUUCCCUAGCUGUGUGACAAGUUGAUCCGUCCUGCUGGAACCACAUAUUUUGCAGGUUAAAUUGUUGGAUUUGAGGAGCCAGAAAGUUUUGCACCAUAUCAUGAUAGCGUUUGCCAGUGACAGUAGGAGAAUUACCUGCAGCGUCUUCAAAGAAGUAAGGUCCAAUAACACCUCCAUACCAAAGACCGCAAAAAAACUGUGAGUCGACGAGGAUGUACUGGUCGUUGAAGGAUGACACGAGAGUUCCCUAAUGGCAAGUCUUUAACUUCACCUGUUUGUUCAAAUUUCCGCACCAACUGACGAAUGGUGUUGACACUACUGGGCACAUUAUUUCGACCGAAAUCUUGUCGUAGCUUAGGAAUCGUUGAAACAAUCGACUCAUUAUUUAAGUAAAAUGUUUUAACAAUACGGGCGCGUUGUGGGAUCGUAUAGCGCUCCAUGAUGGGAAUGGGACACAUGUCCAUGUAAUCAGUCAGUUAUAUAUUGGCCACCCUAUAUAAGACAGUAUACCAUACCAUUGCAAACUGUCUAUCCGAGUGACAUGAUAGCAUCAACGUACUCAUCAAACAAUGUUUAAGCAAUAUUUUGUAACAAACUUUGAGAAGAAGCAAUUAGGCAUACUUUCAAAAUUACUUCAUUUGCAUUGACGAAUAAAUAUAUGAUUUAGCGUUGUGUCUAUUUUUUUCAGUCACAUUCAUAGUAUGGACUCCUUAGGCAAUUGACGUCAUACGUAGUGCAUGGGUGUGUAUUCCUACAGAGGUUUGAUAUUUGUUUGGAUUUCUGUGUACAUAACAUAUAACUUCAGAAAUGUAAAUUGAUGGAAGUGGUAGUAUUUGUAGUUUUUUAAAUGAUUUCUUCACGUUGAUCCAUAAUUGGAAUAUGCAAUUAUCCUCAAAGCCGUUUUUUGUAAAAUGAAAAUUUCCAAGACCCCAGAGCAUUGUGCCAUAGCUAAUGGAAAUAUGGAGCAUGCUGAAGUGUACUACCCCCAAAGUAUUGUAAUCGAGGCAUGUAUUAAGCUGCCUAAAAACAAAUCAUUGUGAAAACAGUCUAAAAUGUGAAUAAUCAAUGUAGGCAAUCCAAUUUAGUCUGGCAUCGAGUACUAUUCCUAGAGGUUUUACUGGUUCAGACUUCACAACCCUCUUGUCAGAGGAAACUGUGAUACGAUGUGACUUGUUUGUGAGUCUGAAACUUGUCGGCUGAGAACCAUUUUUUGGCUUGUUCCAGACUAUCCACACCCGGUUUAGUCAUAGUCUAGACAGCAUGGUGGUGUCAUCUGCAAAUAGGAAAUAACAUCUCUCAUCAAUACUUCAGGGCAGGUCAUUUAUAUAUAUUAAAAUUAGCAGGGUCAGGGUCGGUUCCCUCAGAGCUUACAUACGAGUACUGCUUCCUGCUGAGUGAUACAAACGAAUAGCUAAAGCAAAACGCAAAGAUGAAUUUAGGGUUUUGAGUUCGGCUACUCACUUAUAGAUGGUGCUAAGACAUUCAACUCUUUUUGGCUUCUCUAAUGUCUAUUUCAAUUGGGUAUCUCCUAAAGGGGUAUGUUAAUCAAUACCCAAAGCAGGCUUUAGAGAGGCCAAAAAGGGAUUGAAGAUCCUAGCAUGAUGAUGGAGUAGCAGAUCCAAACACUCUAACUCUUGUCAAAGUGAACUUCUAAACUCAUUUUUGUGUUCUGUUACUAAUUCAUAGAUUGUACCAUAGUAUCUUCCAGAACCUUUUUUUGGACGCUGACAAACAGUAUAUGGUUGGCUAUUUUCAAGGAAAAAACGUAAAUUUAUAUAUUUUUAUUUUUCAAAGACAGGGAAAUAUCGAAUUAUCCCUAACCCUAGAUUUCUUUUACUUUCUACCUAAUCAAUAUCUUCGUUUCAUACGUUUUAAAAAAUCAAAAACUAACAUACAGAGUGAUACAAGUAUUGAUGGAGAAUCAACGAAAAUAAUUGUAGCAUUUCAGUGGAAUUGGAUGUCCUCCUCUAUGUGGAUCAAUACAAAAGUGAUAUGCUUGUAACUGUUGCGAACUGUUACGCCUAAUUACUAGGCAAAAGCCAGUUAGUACUGUUUAUUUGUUCUUCAAAAAAUGGAUGACGUACGGUGAGGGGGGUGUUACGAUCAUAUUUUCGAUACACAUAGUACUUUACCCCCCAUGGUAGAAUACCAUAUCGAGCAUAAAUGUACCCUAAAGUCAAAUAUUCCGUGUGUUACGUAACGCAGGUUCCUCCCCUUCCCUCUUAUAUUAGGCAAUGGAACAAAUGAGCUGAUUUUCCCUCCGUUCGGUGCAUAAAAUGUAAACAUUACAUGUAUUUUUAUUGAGAUGUGGGUGUUUUAGUGAGGGUUGUGGUGUAUCACACGCGUUACGUAACGUCAUAUAAUAAAUGUGAAGGGCUUUGCUUCCCCUCCACAACUCAACAUGUAUCUAACCAUAAGCUCAUCAUCCCUCAUCGCAGGUGAACCAGUAGAGUGUAUGAUUGGUUUAAUUCCAUGCGCAUGUAUCGAAAAUAUGGUCAAGCAAUUGAUAAGUGUCCUGUAAAAAAGCUUUUCUGUUCUCAUGUUACAUAUAUUGAAAUCUUCUGACAAUAUAUACCCACGAAAAAUCGGAAUAAUUUAUAUAAAGUUACUAACGGAGCAGUUUACAUCAUGAACGGCUCGUUAUCGAGUUGUGAAGUUUAAGUCAAUUUUGAUAUAAGGUAGUCAAGUCUCCUUUCCAACCCGUAGAAAAAGUUUUGUAAUGUUUUAUAGUAUUAAUGAAAGGAGUGAGAAUAUUUUUAUAUGUUUUGCUGUAGAUAUGAAUUUGUUUCAAAAAAUUCGUAUUCUAUAUAGUAUCUCUUUUUGAAAAACUUAAAAAGGCUCAAUGUAUUAUUAUUGUUAGAUAUUUUGAGGAAUGAUGCUGCAGAAUCAAAGGUAGUUGAAAGAGCUGCUUUACACAAUAUUUCAAAGAACCUCGGCACGCCACGCCAAGAAAUUCACCUACUGUUGCAUUGAACACAUUGAAUUUCCUUCAAAAGAUUAUAUAAAUUGUAGAUGAGCACUGACUACAAUUUAAAAGUUUAUUUGUAGUUUGAUCGUUUGUUGAGCUCUCCUCAAACACAAUGUAUCUUACCCGUCACUUUUUAGUGAGACUGGAUUCUGCAAGUUAUUCCUCAACGCGAUUUUAUCAAAUAGUUCAAUUAUUACAGCUCUUGAUUUCUAUAAUAAAAAAAUUGCAAUUAGACUGAAGUAUCAAGUGAUUAUGAGAUGCAGGAUGACCUACUGAAGUACGCAGAGAAAUCACUCGAGCUUUCAUUGAGUCUAUUUUGCAUUUUGUAUAUAAAAAAUUAAUUAGAUUGGAAGAGGAGGUGAAAGCCUCUUCCAAUUUUGUCCUUGACAACAGUUCAAUACUUUAGAUCUCAUAACAUUCUCUUGAGUGAAUUCUCUCAUACUAUAAGUACCGUUAUAAGUCGACCUCCUCUAACUUUUUUUAUAACCAUUACGAAAAAAGUUUUAUCGUGAAGUUUUUCAUGCUGUCUAAUUUUUGUAUAUGAGAUGUUUAAGGACAGCGCCAUGCGUUAAAGUUGUAUUUUUUAACUAGAAUACCUUGCAUAUUUUUAUGCAGAAUUAUAGUCGUAUUUUUUCUGAUUCUAGAUAUGUGAUGUUUGUUAUACUUACGUCAUUCAAAAACUUGAAUUUAGUUUGUAAUUUAAUCAUAGCGAUACAUGCAUCUGAUAACAUUGCAAAUGACAAACGUGAACUUUUCAGGGGAGACGUUUGAUUUGUUUAGCAACUUAAUCCAAACUUUUCAACAUUUAAUAUUGUAAUGUGGAAUACAUUGUAAAAGGUUACUCAUAAUUACCACAAAAUUUGCACAAAUGUGAACGACUGCGUAAUAUUUUGACUUUGACAUUAGAAUUGUAACUGGUGCGACAAAUACUGAAGCUUUCGUGCAAGAACAUUGCAACUACAUUCGUCAGAUUUUCUAUGAGCAUCAUAAUUGAGGGGUCCGAUACAUAAACCGGUCAAGUCUAUUUUAUGGGCAAAAUGAGUUGGAUUUAUAUUCUUGCACAGUUUUAGAUUCUGAUCCUUCUAGUGCAUAAACCAACUCUGUAACAUUUAAAUUGUAAAAACAAAUUCAGAAUUUUUCAUGCACUUUGCAUGGUUUUUGCACAGUGCUGUCAAUCUAAUACAUGUACCCCGAACCCGGACAUAGUUUCCUUCCGUUCGAUAAGAGCUUUGGAGCCAUAUAAAUACAAACAGGAAAGCACGACAAAAUAUAUUUGCCGCAAGAGUACUCAAAGAUUACUGAAAAUACAAACAAAAAAAAUCAAAGUCAUCCAUGUAGCGUAGGUAUAUUUUUAAAUUUCAAGGUCCAUUUGCAACUGUUGUUUGUGAAGAAUUCUGCAAGGAAGGACAAUAAAAUUACGAAUUCAAAAUAUCGAAUCAUACGCUAUGAAAAAACUAGAU